AUGGAAUCGCGAGAGGAACGUAUUGUCGCAUAUCUCAAUUCACAUCCCAAAUUUUUGGAAAAUUAUGCCACUGGACCGAAUGUGACCAAUGAGGUAUUUCAUCGAUGGUGUUCCAGGCGCAAUAUGAGAGUUAAAAAGGAGACCUUAAAAGGAAUGAAUGGACCAUGGAUGGCAGAUGAUCUGUCCAGCUUUUAUAAUCUACUUAUCUCCAGUGGUAACAAUUUGCCUCUCAUUCUUUAUGAAUUGGGACAUGCUUGUGCACAGUUAACCCACAAUGAAUUGUUUGAUGUGACAAUGUACAGUGAAAAUAAUGCUUAUUUUAUUGACCGAAUAGGAACUAAUGUCCAAUUAAAGCAAAUGACCAAAGACAAACGACUGCCUGUCUAUACGAAAAAAGUGGAAGAUUAUUCAGGAGUCUUGCUUGGAGAAAUUCAUUUCUACCGUUCCCUCACCGAACAACAUCACAUUUGCAUUAAUAUUCUCUGUACCUGGGGCAGCGCUCUCAUCUACUACGCACAGCUUACAUCAAAUAAAGAUGAUACUACUUAUUUGUGGUACAACAAUGAACAACGAAAGCUAAAUACUUUCCUGCUCGAUGUGGUGAAAUCCAUAUUUCAGGAUAUUGUCAGUAUGGAUGCUGUUAUCAAAAAAGUUAUGAAUUUCGCUCAAAAGUUGACAAAUGCAGAUCGAUCUUCGCUCUUUCUUGUAGAUCACAGAAGAAAAGAACUGUAUGCUAGAAUCUUCGAUGUAGGUACUCAAGAAGAUGAACAAAUUAAAAUUAACGAAGAUGGUAAUGAAGAGAUUAGAUUUCCAGCUAACAAAGGUAUCAGUGGAUAUGUUGCUAUGACAGGACAAAUUCUGAAUAUCGAAAAUGCUUACGAAGAUCCGCGAUUCAACAAAGACAUAGACCAAAAGACGGGUUACAGAACCAGGAAUAUUCUUUGCAUGCCUAUUUUCAUUCGUAAAUCAGUGAUCGGUGUAGUAGAAAUGAUUAACAAAGCGGAUGGACCAUUCACAAAACGAGAUCAAAAUUCCUUUGAAACAUUCGCCGUGUAUUGUGGCCUAGCAUUGCAUCAUGCCAAGCUUUAUAAUCAGAUAAGACGUUCUGAGCAGAAGUAUCGGGUGGCACUAGAAGUAUUGGCAUAUCAUAGUGUAUGCAACAAGGAAGAAGUGAAGAAGCUAAAAAGUGUCAAAAUUGACGAUGAAAUCAAGGAAUUGGAUAAAUUCGAAUUUAAUGGACUUCAAUUAACUGAGCUUGAGAAGCCGCUUUAUGCUAUUUAUAUGUUCCGAAAGCUUUUUAAAGGGAAAUUCAAUUAUGACGAAGAUGACUUAAUUCGCUUUGUACUCACUGUGCGCAAAAAUUACCGCCAAGUAGUGUACCAUAACUGGUUGCAUGGAUGGACUGUAGCACACGCUAUGUACUGCUUACUUCGAACUACUACAAUUUUCAACUUGAAACAGUCUCUAGCACUAUACAUAGCGUGUUUAUGUCACGAUCUCGAUCACCGCGGCAAGAAUAAUGCCUAUAUGAAAUCGAUGAGUAGCCCUUUGGCAUCAAUUUAUUCAACAUCAGUGAUGGAACAUCAUCAUUUCAAUCAAACUGUUAUUAUUUUACAACAGGUUGGACAUAAUAUUUUGAAGUCUUUCUCCUCAGAAGAAUACAAGGAAAUAUUGGGUAUUAUUAAGCAUUGCAUAUUAGCUACUGAUCUGGAGGUAUUCAUUAGCAAUAAAAGGGAAAUGGAAGCAAUUCUAGCUGAUGGUAAUUUCAAUUGGGACAAUGCAGAUCAUCGGUUUUUAAUGAAAGCUAUUUUGAUGACUGGCUGCGAUGUGAUUGCCGCAUCGAAGCCAUGGCCUAUUCAUACUGAAGCUGUCAAAACAAUAUUCGAGGAAUUUUAUGAGCAAGGAGAUGAGGAACGAAAAAAUGGACAAGAUCCGAUUGCAAUGAUGGAUCGAGAAAAGGUAAAUGAACUACCCCAGAUGCAAGUAACUUUCAUGAAGUAUAUCUGCAUUCCGUGUUAUGAACUGAUCGUCACGACGAUUCCCGAAUGUCAACAGUUGCUUGACCGCUGUUUGUACAACAUGAAAAAGUGGCAGGAAUUAGCUGAUGAGCAAAAAGGCGAAGAUGAAGAAAGAGUGAUUUAA